AUGGGUUGGGUAUAUAACCUCCAACACGCAGAUCCUAAGAGCUCGAUCCCGGAAGUGAUCGCGAUCUGCUUAGUGUUCUCCAUUUUCUCUCUACUGGCCGUUUGUCUCCGAUUCUAUGUUCGAGUGCGGAGCAAACGUCUGCCAUGGUAUGACGAUUAUGCCGCACUGGCCAGCUCUCUCUUGACACUCGCAUAUGCAGGAAUCGCGGUGGCUCAAACACGAUGGGGUCAAGGCCUGACGGUAGCGUACUUUCCGCCGGAGAAUGUCAUAACUUUUAGCAAGAUCCAAUAUGCAGGCGGCCCAGUCUACUGCCUCGAUGUGCUAGGGUUCAAGGUGGCCUUGCUGACUUCCUAUCUACGCAUUGCAGGCGUGGUCAAACUAUACCGCAAGAUUAUUAUCGCAGCGAUCAUUCUCUGCGUGGUCAAUCAAUUAGUUUUUGCCUUUAUCAUCUCCAUCUCGUGCAUACCGGUGGCCAAACAAUGGGACACGUCGCUGAAAGGCCAUUGCAUCCAAACCCAGCCAUUCUAUUUUGCCUUGGGCGGCACCAGUAUUGCCCUAGAUUUCAUAAUUAUCGCCCUCCCCCUCCCGGUCCUGUGGAAGUUGCAACUUCGAACCAAGCAGAAGGUGUUCUUGGCUGCUUUGUUCGCGCUCGGAUUCUUCGUCACAAUUGUCCAAUUUAUUCGCAUCUUCACAGUGAAAGACCUGAAGACAUACACCGACAGCAAAAACAUUGUUCUUUGGUCGUUGGUGGAGGUCAGUCUCGGGGUCGUUGUCUGUUGCAUUCCCACCUACGGCCCGCUUUUCAAGGCGUUCGCAUCCAAUAUAAGCUCUUAUCGGAACCGUUCGUAUCAGCUCGGCUCGAUGCCACCAGAGUCUCGCACUGCACCGGCAAAUUCCCGCCGCAGAAGCAGGUUCGAUACAAUUCCGGACCCAGAAGGAAAUACAGUGACUGUGAUUGGAUCCGGGAACGGAAAGACUUUGAAGGAUACGGACAGCGAAGAGCAUAUACUCUCCGGGGAUGAUAAUCUCAAGGUCUAUGUAACUUCAGAGAUUUCUGUUCGCGAAGCCUGA